AUGACACCCCUCUUUCAGCAGUUCCUGGCUUUGCAAUUUGCAAUCAAGGAGAUCAGUGAAGAUCCACAUAUUUUACCCAAUCACACCCUGGGCUUCCAUAUCUAUAACAGUUAUUUUACUACAAUUUGGACCUAUCGUGCCUCAUUGGAACUCUUUUCUGCUCAGGACAGAUUCACUCCUAACUACAGCUGUGACCAGCAAAACAGACCAAUAGCCGUCAUUGGAGGACCAACAUCUGCAAUUCGGGCCCAUAUGAACACCAUCUUGUCUCUCUACAAAGUACCACAGGGCAGAUUCACUCCUAACUACAGCUGUGACCAGCAGAACAGACCAAUAGCCGUCAUUGGAGGAGCAACGUCUGCAGUCCAGGCCCAUAUGACCACCAUCUUGUCUCUCUACAAAAUACCACAGGCCCAGCCACUUUCUCAGUGUAACAACAAGUGCUCUUCAGGCUAUAGUAAGAGCAAGAGAGAAGGGAAGCCAUUUUGCUGCUAUGAUUGCCUUCGAUGUCCAGAGGGAAAAGUGGCUAGCGAGGAGGACAUGGAUGACUGUGUUCAGUGUCCAGAAGAUAAGUACCCAAACAAGAACCGAGAUUCCUGUCUCUCCAAAGUUAUCACAUUUCUGAUGUAUGAAGAAAAACUAGGGACCAUUUUGGCUAGUUCCAGUGUUUUCUGUUCUUUCAUCACAGUAGUAGUUCUUUGGAUCAUUGUCAAGAAUAAGAACACUCCUCUGGUUAAAGCCAACAACCGAGGUCUCACCUAUGCUCUCCUCAUUGCUCUCCUCUUGUGUUUUCUUUGUGCUUUGUUAUUCAUUGGCCAGCCUUCCAAGGUGACUUGUGUCCUUCGUCAAACUGCAUUUGGCAUCAUCUUCUCAGUCGCCAUCUCAUGUGUUCUGGCCAAGACCACCAUUGUGGUUGUAGCUUUCAUGGCCACCAAGCCAGGCUCCAAGGUGGCCAAAUGGGUGGGGAAAAGACUAGCCAUAUCCAUAGUACUUUGCUGCUCCUUUAUUCAAGUUAUGAUUUGUACUACGUGGCUGGCAAUCUCUCCCCCAUUCCCAGAUGAUGACAUGAUUUCAACAACAGAAGAAAUAAUUCUGGAAUGUAAUGAAGGAUCAGUCUUCAUGUUCUAUUGUGUCUUGGGCUAUAUGGGCUUCCUUGCCAUUGUCAGCUUCACAUUGGCUUUCGUAGCAAGGAAAUUGCCUGAGGCUUUUAAUGAAGCCAAGUUUAUCACCUUCAGCAUGUUGGUCUUCUGUAGUGUCUGGUUGUCCUUUAUUCCAACAUACUUGAGUACAAAGGGAAAAUAUAUGGUUGCUGUGGAGAUCUUCUCCCUUAUAACUUCCAGUGCUGGGUUACUGAUUUGUAUCUUUUUGCCAAAAUGCUACAUCCUUGUGUUGAGGCCUGAUCUGAACAAAAAAGAACAGCUAAGAAUAACAAGUAAUACACAAAUAUAA